AUCGUGCUGCCGACGACCACGCGGAAACCGGUGCGUUACUGUGCUAAGAAAUCUGCGAACACCAUUUAGUGAUAGCGGUGCGCCGUGAACAGGACCUUUUUCAGUUCGGUCUUGCAAAAGUUGACUGAUCUUGUAGUGGGCAGUUUCGCAUUAAAGGUUUUAGCGUGCAAACUAAGUGAUCGUUAUUAUAUGUUUAUUUGCGUUUUAUAAGAAAGUUAAAAAAAACGUUACUUAUCGAAAGCAAAUGUGUGUAGAAAGUGUUUAUACACAGUGCGACGAAGUGUGAUGUAGAGUUGUGAAAUGGUUGGUUACAUUUUUAGAAUCAACUGAUAUGAUAGUGUUACAUCAGCUGUGAAAUAUCGAACGGAAAGUGACGAAAAGCGCACCUGUAAUAAUUGAGAAGAGUUUCACUAAAGCUUCUUCAUUGAACAAAAAAAAAACACAGAUGAAAGAAUUUGCUGUAAAAAUGUCACCAGCUUCGAUGGUACUGCUGGUUCUUGUUGUCGCAACACGCUGUAGCGUGACCAUGCAACAAGAUACCUUCUUCCAAAGACUGUUUGAUGAAACGAGCGUCCUGUUUAAUAAUGGAACACCGCGCAUUCCGGACACGACCGUUUACCGCAAGGAGUACGAUUUCAUCAUCAUUGGUGCCGGUUCUGGUGGGUCCGUCAUGGCGAACCGUUUGUCGGAAAUGCGCGAGUGGAAUGUGCUGUUGCUUGAGGCGGGCAAGGAAGGCAACAUGCUGACAGAGGUACCACUUACCGCGGGUCUUACCAGCAUUACAGGAUAUAAUUGGGGCUACAAAGCCGAUCCUAUGAAGGGUGCCUGUUUGGGUUUAAAGGGAGGUGUUUGUAACUGGCCUAAAGGGCGCGGUCUCGGCGGUACGAGUCUUAUAAACUUCCUCAUCUACACAAGAGGACAUCGGAAGGAUUACGACGGUUGGAAAGAGGCGGGCAAUCCAGGAUGGGGCUUUCGCGAUGUGCUGGACUACUUCAAGAAGUCGGAACGUGUGCAAAUUCCCGAACUGCGUAACUCACCGUACCGCUCUACGGCAGGUCCGGUCGACGUGGAGGAGUCAUCGUUUGAGACACCACUCUUGAAGCACUUUAUCGCUGCAGGACGUGAACUGGGCUAUAUGGAGACAGAUCCUAAUGGCGAAAUACAGCUCGGGUUCGGCAAGGCACAAGCCACAAUGCGUAGAGGUCGUCGAUGUAGUGCAGCGAAGGCUUACCUUGCACCAGCCGCCCGUCGACCAAAUUUGGACAUUUCGAUGUACUCCCGAGUGACUAAAAUACUGAUCGAUCCAGUAACGAAGCUGGCGUACGGUGUGGAGUUCAUGAAGCGCCGGCGACGUUAUGUGAUCCGUGCACGAAAGGAAGUCAUCUUGGCGGCCGGUGCUAUUGCUUCUCCACAGCUACUGAUGCUGUCUGGGGUGGGACCGAAAGAUCAUCUGAAGGAUAUCGGCAUUCCUUUGGUGCAGGAUCUUCCGGUUGGGUACAACCUACAGGAUCAUCUGAAUCUGCCCGGGUUAGUCUUCCCAGUCAGUCGACCGGUGACUGUACGGGAACAAGAUAUGCGCGCUCCGCGGUACAUUCUUGAUUAUAUGAUGAACGGACGUGGUCCAUUCACGUCUCCCGGCGGUGCCGAAGGUGUUGCCUUCGUAAAGACAAACACCAGCUUUAACCCUUCAGACUAUCCGGAUAUUGAGCUGGUGAUGGGUACGGGAGCCUACAACAACGAUGAAUCCGGAUCGUUACGGGCAACGAUUGGAAUAACGGACGAGUUCUAUCAUAACACGUAUGGAACGAUACUUGGGAAGCACGCGUUUUCUGUCUCCCCAAUUCUCAUGCGUCCGAAAAGCCGUGGACGAAUCUAUCUGAAGAGUGCCAACCCGUUCCAUUGGCCACGCAUGGAAGGUAACUUUUACGCCGAUUAUGACGAUCUCGUGGUGCUGCGGGAAGGUGUCAAACUGACGGUGGAUCUGAUCGAGUCGCGUAGUUUCCGCGGCGUCGGAGCACGAUUACAUAGUACACCGUUUUAUGGCUGUGAGGAGCAUCGGUUCCGAAGCGAUGAGUACUGGGAGUGUGCCAUUAGAAGAGUCGGUAGCACAUUACAACAUCAGUGUGGUACGUGUAAGAUGGGACCAGCCACCGAUCCGGAAGCGGUCGUCAACGCCCAAUUACAGGUGUACGGUAUACAGGGUUUGCGCGUUGUCGAUGCAUCGAUCAUUCCCACAAUUCCAGCGUCACACACCAACGCGGUGGUGUUCAUGAUCGGAGAGAAAGCAGCCGACAUGGUGAAAGAUUUCUGGGCCAACGAAAUUCGUUGAAGAUCGUCCGCUUGUCUUCUGUAUGCCAUCCGAAUCCGAGUGCCUCGGAUGGUCGUUAAAGUCUUUACCCUUCUCUAGUCAUCUCAGUCACCAGCUCAGGUGAUCACAGUACAGUGUACGACGACCAAUCUCAUCCCGAUUUUGCUAUCCGUGCACUUCUUUAAUAGAAGCCAUACGUUCGAUCAUCAGCUUCAGCUUUCCGGCUCCUUCUAAUGUACUUUCUUCUCUUCCUAUGAAAGAGUUUGCUCCAACCGAGCGACGGUGUAGAAUUUAGCGAAAUAAAGAGACUGUAAUAUUGUAAACAAA